UCCCAUUCCAGUCCGUCAGCCCCAAGCCCCGCUCAGCGAUCUGCGCCGGGCAUGAGCCAGCCAUGUCCACGUCCAACCAGGAACUUACACUUACCGUUCCUCCCAGCUGAACUGCAUCCCUUAUCCGGGCCCCGAUUUUCGCAAAUCGCGCGCACCGUCCGACGACGACGAUAACGACAACGGCAAGAAGAACAGAACUGCGGCCCGGUUUCGACUCCCACCUCUCCGGUCUCCAUUGCGCCGAGAAGCAGGCAGCGGGCCUAGCCUCGCACGGUUGGAAAGAGAGAAAGAGGAAAGAUGGCGCUGAGGCUCCUCCGCUCGCUGCGGCGACGGCGGGAGAAGGACGUGGUGCCAGACUUUGCCGAUUCAAUCGAGGGAGAUUCGACCGGCUUUGCUUCGCUGAAGCACUUUGAAAAGAUGCAUCGCCUUGACCCGAACCUGCCGCUGGAUGAGCUGGAAGAGGUCGAUAUUGCCCUGAAGGAGGCCAAUGUUGAGAAAGAAGCGGAAAUCGAGCAGAUCUUGGCCGAGGACAACUCGCCAUACCCAGAAGUGCGAGCCUCGGUCCGAAACUUCGACGUGGAUAUGCCGGUGAGCACGAUACGGGCCUGGACGAUUGGCAUGCUACUCUGCACUGUCGGAUCUGCCGUCAACAUGUUGCUUUCGCUUAGAAACCCGAGCAUCUCCCUCACGACCUUUGUCAUUCAGCUCAUUGCAUACCCCUUGGGUCUGCUGUGGGACCUGAUAUUCCCCGAUCGCGUUGUCAACGUCUGCGGUGUCAAGUUCAACCUCAGGCCAGGUCCAUUCAACUUCAAGGAGCACGUCAUCAUCGUGGUCAUGUCAAAUGCUGCCUAUGGCGGCGGCGCGCUCUAUGCCACAGAUGUGAUCAUCGCACAGCGAAUGUGGUACAACCAGGACUUUGGGUGGCUAUGGCAGAUGAUGUUUGGCAUCACCACGCUCUGCACGGGCUACGGUCUCGCUGGGCUCGCAAGGAGGUUCCUCGUCUGGCCCGCCGCCAUGAUCUGGCCGACCGACCUCGUCAACUGUGCGCUCUUUUACACCCUCCAUGACCACUCUCCCACGGACCCGGCCAGGGCGAACGGAUGGAGCAUCAGCCGCUACAAGUGGUUCAUGCUGGUUUUCACCGGGUCGUUUUUGUGGUACUGGUUUCCCGGCUAUCUCUUCCAGGGCCUGUCGUGGUUUUGCUGGAUCACCUGGAUCUGGCCCAAGAGCGUCAUCGUCAACCAGCUGUUUGGUGGUUACAGUGGCUACGGCCUGUUCCCCAUGACCUUGGACUGGAGUAUCAUCACCGGCUACCUCAACUCCCCGCUCAUUCCGCCGUUCCACGCCAUCCUCAACGUUGUCGGAGGCAUUACCGUCUUCUUUGUGUUCGUCUCGCUCGGAAUCCACUACUCAGGCAUGUGGUACUCGGCGUAUUUGCCGGUCCAGAACUCACAUGCCUACGAUAAUACGGGCCGCCUGUACGACGUCGCAGCCAUCUUGACCGAAAAUAUGCAGUUCGACGAGGCCAAGUACAAGGCUUAUUCGCCUUUGUACCUUCCCACCCAGUUCGCGCUGGCGUACGGUCUCUCUUUCGCCGCGGUGGCCGCCGUCAUCACCCACGUCGCAGUCUAUCACGGCCCGGAGAUCUGGACGCAGUGGAAGCUGGCGCGGUCGCAGGAAGACGAUGUCCACAUGCGGCUCAUGAAGAAGUACCGUGACGCCGAGGACUGGUGGUACAUCGUGCUGUUCGUCAUCAUGGUCGGCCUCUCGUUCGCCGUCGUGUGCGCCUGGGACACCAAUUUCCCGUGGUGGGCGUAUGUCGUCUGCAUGCUGAUACCCCUGAUAUGGACCAUCCCCAUCGGCAUUGUGCAGGCCAUCACCAACGUCCAGCUCGGGCUCAACGUGCUGACCGAGUACAUCGUCGGUUACAUCCUCCCCGGCCGGCCGCUCGCCAUGAUGAUGUUCAAGAACUACGGCUACCUCUGCAUGUCGCAGGCGCUCUACUUCAUCCAGGACCUCAAGCUCGGCCACUACAUGAAGGUUCCGCCGCGCGUCAUGUUCUGGUCGCAGCUCAUUGCGUCGGUCUGGUCGGCCGUCGUCCAGGUGGCCGUCAUGAACUGGGCUCUCGCCACCAUCCCGGACGUAUGCUCCGAGACCCAGGUGCACCAGUGGAACUGCCCCAGCGCCCGCGUCUUCUACACCGCGUCCAUCAUCUGGGGCGCCAUCGGCCCGGCCCGCAUGUUUUCGGGCGGCGCCCUCUACAGCUCGCUGCAGUGGUUCUGGCUCGUCGGUGCCGCCGCCCCCGUGCUCACCUGGGUCCUCGCCCGCCGGUACCCGCGCGGCUUCUGGCGCUACGUCAACAUGCCGCUCAUCUUUGGCGGGUCGGGCAUGCUGCCGCCCGCGACCGUGUUCAUGUACUACUGCUGGGGGAUCGUGGGCACCGUGUUCAACUUCUUCAUCCGGAGGCGCAGGACCGGGUGGUGGCUGCAGUACAACUAUGUCACGUCGUCGGCGCUGGACUGCGGUCUGAUCGUCUCGACGCUGGUCAUCUUCUUCGCGCUGUAUCUAAGCGGCACGGAGGCGCCCCGGUGGUUCGGGAACACCAGUGCCUUGAAGACGCUGGAUAUGCAGACCAAGGCGAUACAAAUCCCCGUGCCGCCUGGGGAGACAUUUGGUCCGAGCACGUGGCCUUGACAUGGCGGGCAAGGCCGGAUAUCUUAUGGUUUUACGGGACGGGGCAGGAGUCUGGGAGUUUCUUGGCUGGGAUCUACUUGCGGUGGGGGAUCUGAAGCGC